AUGCCUGAUAUUAAUGAAUGUGCAAGGAUAUCUGUAGCAUACGAAGCUCGUAUAAAUGUUCCACAAGUAAUAGGUGCGAUUGAUGGCACCCACAUCCCUAUUCUACCACCUGCAGAUGGUUAUAAAGAUUAUAUUAAUCGCAAAGGAUGGCCAUCUAUUAUACUUCAAGCGGUAGUAGAUAAUAACUUAAGGUUUAUGAACGUCAACUGUCAAGCUCCUGGAUCUUGUCAUGAUGCAGCUGUAUUUAAAAAAUCUAUGCUGUAUAAAGAAGCAGAACGGAUUAUUCCAAGGAAAAUGAAGUUAAUUAAUGGUGUUGAAAUACCAUAUUUUUUGAUUGGAGAUCCAGCAUAUCCAUUACUACCUUGGCUAAUGAAAGGAUAUACAAAAGUUACACGUUUAACUCCACAAGAGGAAUCAUUUAAUGUUUAUUUGAAUAGUAACAGAAUAGAUGUUGAAAGAGCGUUUGGACUUGAAGCUGAGUUUGAAUUACAAGAUGAAGUUAUUGAGGAAAUUGUUGAUAUGGAUGAAGAAGUUGAAGAAGGUUCAAUCGAUGAUAAUGGGGUUUGUGUAAAUGGUGAUGUUAUAACUGGCAAACAUCUUUCUGAAGAUUGA